CCUCUUUCGUCAUCAUCGUGAGACUUUCGAUGUACAGGUGGGACUGUCCAGUAACGUUUGGAGGGUGAUGUCCCUUUAAGUUAUUUACGAAUGUUACUUUGUUCGUUUUAGUGUUGUUUCACUGAGACGUCUUUUUAUAUAAUGAUAUUGUGGACUUUGCAUCUCGUCUAACUUAAGAAAUCAACGUGCUGCAACAUAAUUAAGAAAAGCGUGGCUCCAAGGUGGUUCAUGUUGGGGAAAACAGCUUUCCCUUUGUUGUACGAUUUAUUUUUUUUUGCUUAAAUCACUAAAUUACUGUAUAGGUUGUCUGCUACAUAACAGAGUGUGUAAUAUGUAUCUGUCCUGGAUUGACUGUUAACCUUUGUUAUUGUAGUUCCUGUCAGCAUGUCUGUGCUAAGGUGGAGAAAAGCAGUAGUGCAGCUGUUUCACUCACCCCUCAGCCUUUGGAGGCCAGAAGUGUUUCCACAACGCUAUGCGUCUAAUAACCUGGGCAGCUUCCUGUGGAGAACAAGUAUCACUGGGCAGCUCCGUCAGAGCUCUACAGACACUGGUGGGGUGGGGAGUGUAGUAGAAGAGGGUCCGUCUGGCAGACAGCGGCAAGACCCGCGAGCACGUAACACUGUGAGCAGCAUUGGGCGGAAAAUUCAUCAUCGCCACCUGCAGGUGAUAGGGGCCUCUGGAGAAAACCUCGGCACCAUGCACAGGGCAGAUGUAGUACGGCUCAUGGACCAGCAGGGCCUCAAGCUUGUGCUUCUGGACCAGAACCAGCAGCCACCAGUGUACAGAUUGAUGACUGGGAAGCAGAUUCAUCAGGAACAACUAAUGCUGCGGGAGAAGCAGAAAAACAGGACAGGCCCUGUGGUCAUGAAGGAGCUGGUCUUCUCCACAGACAUCAGCCACCAUGACCUGGACACCAAACUGAAGCAGGUUCAGGGUUGGUUGGAGAAGAAGCACCAUGUGCGCCUCACUGUUCGGAGAGGGAACAGCAAGUCCACAGAGCCUCUGGAGCUGGAGCUGGAGCUGGAGCAGAUGGUGCAGGGCCUGGUGAGUGGAUUUGGUUUUGUGUCUCGGCCUCAGCUCAUCCGGGAUGGUAAGGCAGCUAUGUGCAUCCUGCGACCCCCAUCCAAAAAGGAGCUGCAACAGUCCAAGACCCCAUUGGAGAGAGACCCGUCUGGUCCUGCAGCCUCUGAUCAGUCCACACCUGUGGUGAAGUCAUCUCCAGAGUAGUGAUCUUUCUGCAAUAAAGUGUGCAAAACAGACAGUUUAUGUGUGGAUCUAUGCUGGAUGGGAAGCUGUCACAGCAGAGACAUGAGUGGCCAGUCUUCUUCUGGAGCUCGAUCGGCUGGAUUCUGAGCCUGUGCCGUGGCAGAGAGGUGAAUGCGGUGCAUCAUACAUCAGCCCCAGGACCCGUCUUUUCUGUGUCCUGUACCAUGGCUGUACAGCUCGUGUGGACCAACCCCCAUACCUGCUGUCUGAAUUGUUAAUGAAUUCCAUCUACCUAUUGAUGUUCUAAGUUAGAACUGAAGGUUAACAUUUAAGAAUGUUGUUUUUUGGAAAAGGUUUUAAGUCUAGGUUGCGGUAUUAAUAAAGUAGACCAUCCAGUCCCCAGAAUAAUGCGCUUUAUUAAUAGAAAACAGUUUUAUCUAUAAAGAAAAAGUUCAGUAAUUUAGUCCUUUUUAAUAUUAAAACUAUGAAGAUAAAAGAUUUAUCUAUAAAUAAAUCAUUGAAUAAACCUGCAUGUCAAUUUUUCUUCAGGAUGUUGUAUUUCUGUAACUGACACUUUAUUCUCAAGCACAUUGGGGUGCAGGAGGUAAUACACAAAAAACAUUGGAAAUGUAAUAAAAUUGACAGUGAAACAAUUACAUGAAAAAGUGAAUAUGUUUAAGCACUUGGUUGUGACAUGCAGACAACUAAGCUUAGGAGGAUCGAUAAAAAUCCUGAGAGCAGGCAGCAUGUUGGUAAAGGGUACACUGAUCAUCUGGAGGAUUUUAUUAUUUUUGACUUGAUUUAUUGGGCAAAGUCAUUGUGAGAGGGACCUCCUCACAUAUGAGUGUCCAAUAACUAUGUGGUCUCUCCGGAAGAAUGUCCAGUCUUCAAUAUAUGUUGGAUCCAUUAGACUAAUGAAUUCUGACAUGAGUUCGUGUGAUACUAGGGUGGUUAGGUGCCUCCUUACUACAGUGCUACAUAAUAUUCCACAAAGCAGGAUUUUUCCAUUAGCCAGACAACUUAAGCCAAAUUUUAGAAUUCUAUUAGGAAUGUCCCUGUUGGAAGGAUUUCACGUUUGGCUUAAGUUAUCCAGCUAACUGGGAAAUUCUGCUUUGUGGAAUACCCCCCAAGACUCUACCACUAUGGAACCACAGAAAAAACGAUUCUAUUUCCCAAGCUCCCUCAUCUAUGUUGGAAUGUAUACCAUUGUGCAGUAGAUUGUGUUGGUCUUUAUGCAGGUGUUUGUGUGUGCAUAUUUUAGAGAAUGAAGUCCGUGAAUGUGUAUGUGACUGUUAGUGUGUGCGUGUAAUACAGUGAUUGUUUUUCCUUCAGGCUCUGUCAGUACAUUGGCUCAGAGCCAGAUGGCUAUACGCUCUACUGUUGUUAUGCAGAUGGCUUCAGCUCUAAUAAAGCCUUUAUUAAUCCUC